AAGAAAACAGGAGUUUUUUAUCUAAGAAUUUUUGGCACAGAACCUAUUCAAGAAGCAGAAUUAUUGUCUGAUAAGUUAAAUUAUGAUUGUUGUUUUCAGAAAACUAGAUUAGAAGAAUUUUUUCUAUGUCUACCUAUGCUACUUGAAAUUAGGAGUGAAAAUCAAGCCCCUUUGCAGAUAAAGAUUAAAGAAGGAAUACUUGUAUUAGACCUAGAAAUUAAAAUAUUUGCAACUGGUUACUUACCAUUUGGACUUACACAGAAAAUGGUGAAAAGAGCCAACAGAAGAAUAAGAAGUAAGACUGCAAGAGCAAUGCUUGAAUGGUCUCAUUAUCGUUUUAAGCAACGUUUAAUUAACAAGACAAAGGAAUACCCUUGGUGUAAAGUUAUAAUUUGUGAUGAACAUUAUACUUCAAAGACUUGUAGAAAUUAUAGAUACCUUCACAAAAGACUAGGAUCAAACAAAACUUUUAAGUGUUCUCAGUAUCAAAUAGAGAUAGACAGAGACAUCAAUGCGACAAGAAAUAUCCUUCUUUGA